UCAAGUGCUGAAAGUGAAAAUGUUGUUCAAGACUGUGACUCUUUUGCUGGCCAUUGGCGCCGUCUACGUGGCUGCCGUUCCCACUCCCACCGAAAUUGAGACGGAGGCCUCGAUGAUCAAUCUCCUGCUCAAUACUCCGGCCAUGCGAGCGGAUGUCUAUAACGUCGAUUGUAUGGAACACUACACCCCCCUCCUCAAGGGGCAUGUCGAUAAGUACACAGAUGAUUUCAACGCUUGCCAAUACAAGUACGAUAAUGGCCAGUCCGAGAUCGACGAAAGUUUCAAGGGCGCCCGCGACGAACUGACCAUUUCCGUAAAGGACACCUGCAUAUCCCUGAUUACCUGCGAUGGAAAGACCUCAAAUUCCGAUGCCUUCGAUUGUCUAGCCAUCUGGGGACCUUCCGCAUCCAAAGAACUUGAACAGGCUUCUUACAAGGCGACUGAUAACAACACUAGCCUGAAACGAAAAGUGUCUGAAAUUGAACAGACUAGGGCUAUUUGUCAAACUGAAGCCCACCGAACCUAUAUAAAGAACCACGGCGAAUGCUACAACGAAAUGAUUUCCUGUCUGAAUGAUCCCGACUGGGACAUUCCCACCACCGACUCUGCGCUGUAAAAGUCAAGUUUAUAUGCACUUCACUGUAAUAAUUAUGUAUUCGUGAUGCUUUACCGCUGUUAAUAAAAGCCUUUU